AGCUCUAGGUCCCAGGGCCCAACUCAGUGAGGGGGUGGAGGAGUCAUCUAGGCCCCUCCCUUUCUGAGAAGCCCAGGAAAUCCUGCUCCCACCCCCAGAAGCCAAGAGAGUCAGAGGGCACUGCCCAGGGAGGCAAGUCCAGGACACCCGCUCUGGACCCUCCUCUUGCACCAUUACAAACCAGGAGGGCUGUCCUUAGGGGGUGGCACAGGGCCUGCAUGUCACUCUGGCUGAGCCAGGACUUUGGGGACAGGGACAGACCCACCUGGAUGAAGGAGAAUGGGCUGAAAGGUGGGGCCAGCCAACCUGAGGAAGGGCACCGGGCCAGCAGCCUCAGCCUCUUGAUUAGAGACAGCCUUGCUGGGUCACUCAGGAAGCGAGGCUCCUGCCUCCACACUCCAGGGCCACCAGCCCAGGAGACUGCCCCUCAGGCCCCUCUUUGCAGAUGUCCAGGGGCAGGGAGCAAGGAACGCAUGGGCUUCACUGUGCUUAGUCACUAAUCCGUGGUGAACGUUUUCACCUGGCUGCCACCUGAAAUGGUAAGUAAGCACCACUGGGAUGGUACUUACCUUGCUGGGAAUCCACCCCUGCAGACGUCAAUGAGUGCUUGACCAUCCCUGAGGCCUGCAAGGGAGAGAUGAAAUGCAUUAACCAUUACGGGGGCUAUCUGUGCCUGCCCCGCUCGGCUGCCGUCAUCAGUGACCUGCACAGCGAGGGAUCCCCACCUGCCUUGCCUCUCGCUCCACAUCCCAACCCUUGCCCUCCAGGCUAUGAACCCGAUGAGCAGGAGAGCUGUGUGGACGUGGAUGAGUGUGAUCAGGCUCUACACGACUGCCGCCCCAGCCAGCAGUGCCAUAACCUGCCCGGCUCCUAUCAAUGCACCUGCCCUGACGGCUACCGCAAGAUCGGGCCCGAGUGUGUGGACAUAGAUGAAUGCCGUUACCGCUACUGCCAGCACCGCUGCGUGAACCUGCCUGGCUCCUUCCGCUGCCAGUGUGAGCCCGGCUUUCAGCUGGGACCCAACAACCGCUCCUGUGUGGAUGUGAAUGAGUGUGACAUGGGGGCCCCGUGCGAGCAGCGCUGUUUCAACUCCUAUGGGACCUUCCUGUGUCGUUGCCACCAGGGCUAUGAGCUGCACCGAGAUGGCUUCUCCUGUAACGAUAUCGAUGAAUGCAGCUACUCCAAUUACCUGUGCCAGUACCGCUGUGUCAACGAGCCAGGACGUUUCUCCUGCCACUGUCCGCAGGGCUACCAGCUGCUGGCCACCCGCCUCUGCCAAGAUGUUAACGAGUGUGAGUCGGGCGAGUACCAGUGCUCUGAGACCCAGACCUGUGUCAACUACCAUGGGGGCUACCGGUGCGUGGACACCAACCGCUGCGUGGAGCCCUACGUCCAGGUGUCCGACAACCGCUGCCUGUGUCCGGCCUCCAACGCCCUGUGCCGCGAGCAGCCUUCGUCCAUCGUGCACCGCUACAUGAGCAUCACCUCCGAGCGGAGCGUGCCCGCCGACGUGUUCCAGAUCCAGGCGACGUCGGUCUACCCGGGCGCCUACAACGCCUUUCAGAUCCGCGCCGGAAACGCACAGGGGGACUUCUACAUUCGGCAAAUCAACAACGUCAGUGCCAUGCUGGUCCUCGCCCGGCCUGUGACGGGCCCCCGGGAGUAUGUGCUGGACCUGGAGAUGGUCACCAUGAACUCCCUCAUGAGCUACCGGGCCAGCUCUGUGCUGAGACUCACCGUCUUCGUGGGGGCCUAUACCUUCUGAGGGGGCCGGGGACCCUCAGGGAGUGGAGGGAUGAGUCCGGGGUUCAGGGAGGAUUGCCUUCUGCUAGGAAGGAUGCCGAUGUUAUGAGGGGGCAGAGAAAGGUAGGCAAUGAAAGGAGAAAGAGGGUGUCUUGGGGGCUGAAGCGGGUGGGCAACACUGUAGUGACCUCAGAUUGGGGUGAGGCUCUGUGCUCAGGCUGAGUAGGCCCCAUUUUGGGAACUGGGAACCCCACUCCAAGGCCAGACUCAGUCUCUGCACCCCAGCAUCAGAAUUGCUCUGCUAGGAGGAGGUGAUGAGGCCUCCGUCCGUGACUGGGGCCUGAUUGCUAUACUGGGACACCCCUGCAGUGGGCAGUGCCAGGGGACCCUGGCUCCAGGCCCAGUUUGGCCUGGAACUACCAAUUUGGAUCAGCCCUGCGCGUUCCCUGGGCCUGUUUCCCACCCAUAAAAUGAGGUGACUGGACUGGAA